AAGCCAUACAUAUGUGAAUAUUGUGGAAAACGUUUCAAGCAAAAAUCUAACUUACGAAGACAUGUUCAAACUCACACUGGAGAAAAAUCAUAUUCUUGUGAGCAAUGUGGAAAAUCAUUUCAGCAAAAAAGUAAUCUACAGGUUGAUAUGCAAAUGCAUAUUGGACAUGAACCAUAUGCUUGCAGACAUUGUGGUAAACGCUUCAGUCACAAAAAUAACUCACAGAUUCAUGAAAAGAUCCAUACUGAAGAGAAACCUUUUGUUUGUGAAAAAUGCAAGAAGGCCUUCAAUAAUAAAACUGAUUUGAAAUGUCAUAUUCGAACCCAUACUGGAGAAAAACCAUACAAAUGUAAAUAUUGUGAAAAAGGUUUUUCCGGUCAUUCUAGAUUGAAAAACCAUAUUCGAAUCCAUACUGGAGGAAAACCAUAUUUUUGUGAUCAAUGUGGAAAAUAUUUUCGAAAGAGAAGUAAUCUACGGACACAUACACAAAUACAUGACAGAGAUAAACCAUAUGCUUGUAAAUGUUGUGGUGGGCGCUUCAGGCUCAAAAAUUACAGAAGCAUGAAAAGAUUUUUACUGGCAAGAAACCCUUUGGUUUGUAAGAAAUCCUUCAAAACUCCAGAAGAAUUAAAACGCCAUGUUCGAAUCCAUACUGGAGAAAAAUCAUACAUCUGUCAAGAAUGUGGAAAGUGUAAUUUAAAAAGGCAUAUAUAUUCGAACUCAAUCUGUAUAGAAGCGGUAACCUGCCAUAUACUAUGCUAAAACAAUGUAUUAGACCCCACACACCCACGUAUUUUUUUAAAAAUUUAUUUCAAUGUGAUGUUUGGAGUACGCGAGCACAUGUAUCAGCACGUAUUUUCUUUUUUUUUGGUUUAUUUAUUGGUUUUAUUGGUAAAUAAUUCUGAAAGUUUGGUGUGGAGGUACUGUUUGUUUUUCCAUUAACCUGUACUCAGUGUAGCAAAACUAGAACAUAAUGCCAUGUUAAGUGGCCAGCGCAAUAAUUGGUAAACUACAUGUGGCCCUUCGACCAAAAAAGUUGGACGACCCUGUUUCAGAUAGUAUACAAAUUUUUGAUUUUACCCUUCUUUCUGUCAUUUUGUUUUGAUAAGCAAGCAUUUUUUGGAAUCGUUGACUCUUGAAGAGUUGUCUUGUUUGUUUUAUAUGUAAACCUCUUUCAGAACUCAAAUUAAGCAAACAAGCAUGAAAUUGACUUGCGAAUCCUGCCGCACAUUUUACAGUACGGAAAUGUACACAUUUA